CAUAACUGGUUAUCAGAAAUUGCGUGACUCACUAUCUAUCUGCAGCAGUCAACCAGAGGGCGUAGUCAUAGGCUGACUCACAUUCGGAGAUAAGCCCCGAACUCUGUCUUCUUUCGGAUCCGAGCCCCGAGUUUCUACUAUUAAGCUCAAGACUUCCAAACUCUCGAAAACGAACUCAAGCCCUAUAUUUGACGUCUACAACCAUGAGUGAACAACCAGUUGGUCCAAUUACACCCUCGGGCACCGCGUCCGCACCCUCUCGUGGGUCCCUUGAUGGACGCUACACUUCUAUUAUCCCAUUGGAACCAUCUCACGCCGAUCCAAGCUGGAAGCACCUUGGCGGCGAGGAAAACGGUCAUCUUUGGACAUAUAUGUUUGGAGGACCAUACCUUGAUCAGCAACAAUGGAGAGAGGCUGUUGAAGGAUUCAGCAAGUCUGAGGAUCCAUUCUUCUAUACUGUUCUCUCUGGGCCACGCGAUGAUCCCAAGUCUGAACCUGUUGGGCAAAUGUCUUACCUCAACAUCGUUCCAAGCCAUAGAAGGAUUGAAAUUGGGAGUAUCAUCUUUGGGUCUCAGUUGAAACAGACAUGUGCUGCCACUGAAGCCUUUUAUCUGAUUAUCAAGCACGCCUUUGAGGAUCUUGGUUAUCUAAGAGUCGAGUGGAAAGCCAAUCAUCUCAACAAACCUAGUCUCGCAGCUGCUGAGCGAUUAGGCUUUGUUUUUGAGGGUAUCUUCAGAAAGCAUAUGAUUCUUAAAGGAAGGCGUCGAGACACAGCUUGGCUCAGCAUUACUGACGAAGAGUGGCCUCUUGUUAAGAAGGCAUUUGAGGCUUGGCUCAGCGAGAACAACUUUGAUACAAACGGAAAGCAGAUCAAGUCUUUGAAGGAUAUAAGACAAAGCUUGACAAAGGACUAAAGUAAGUCGGCACUUGCUUGACCAAUGAAGCCGUGCUGAAAUUACUUAAGAGGAAGGAUGCGGAAUGUAACGACGACAGCACUAUAUAUAUCUAGAUAUUGCCUUUUGCCGGACUCAAGAUUUUGUAUUCUUAAGGCUGAUUUAACAUCAUAGAAUGUCGGUAUGCGGAUUCUAUGGCCGAGGCUUCAUCUGAGACCAUUAAAAAUGUGCUCUUACCUGUCUAUAAAUUCUCACACACCGCUCACCAUUCAUUGUCGAAGCCGAUCGGACUUAGGCACGUUUUCAUUGAACUCACAACCCUGCCUAUAGUUCUCGGCACAUCAGUACCGAUGUGUGAAGAUCAACCUGGAGAUUGGCAAAUCAAUACCAUGGAAGAGUGGUGGAAGCAUCUAAUCCAGAGCCUAGACCUAGUCGAGCUUGCCGGUCGCUCUGUUUUGCGUAGCUCGAGUGCUGUAUGAAUUGCCGUGCCGCGAACCUUAAAAUGGAAUAAUUCCAAAUACCAGUAUCCCCGUGAUUAC